UUUUGCACUCGCUCUCGCCUGGCCAAGGAUAAAUAGAAGGCGGCCGCGAGUCCUGCCAAAGCCGCUCUCCCCAUCGCCCGGCGCUUCCGACAGACGGUACCCAGCCCAGGCAGACAUGGACUCCCAGGACUGCCCCUGCGCCACGGGUGGCACCUGCACCUGCGGGGACAACUGCAAAUGCAAAAACUGCAAAUGCACAUCGUGCAAAAAAGGCUGCUGCUCCUGCUGCCCGGCGGGAUGUGCCAAGUGCGCACAGGGCUGCGUCUGCAAGGGCCCCCCCUCCGCCAAGUGCAGCUGCUGCAAAUAGGGACCCCCAGCUGCACAUCUGGGGGUGCUGCACAUCUGGGGGGCUGAAGAAGAAUAACCUUAUUGUGUAUGUUGGGUUUUUUUAUAUGUGUUCAGAUAUCUUUAGUCUUUGUCACGUGCGAUGUGUAAUAAGCUACCUAAAUAAAGCGAUGUGUAUAUAAAGGUCUAUAA